GGGAAUUGUAGUUUUGCAACAGCUUCAGGCACACUGGCUGAGAAACACUUCCCUGGACACUGUAGUAUUAUUCUCCAAUGCUUUUGGUCCGAUCAUAACCAGAAGGGACAGAUUAUUGUGGGGUUCACUAGCACUGGAGAAGGGGUGCAUUCUGUCAGUAAUGUCAUUAUGCGUUCCCUUCAAUUUUUGGAAUUCUCUUUCUGGGAGGCCAGAAACACAAAAACUCGACUGUCCACGCUGAGGAAUAAAUUCAGAGCUUCCAAAUCGUUCUACAUCAACCGUUCGCUGCAGAAGAGGGAGGUGUUGGCUGUAUCUGAUGGAGAGUUAAACAGUGCUGAUUUAGAUGGGCGAGGCAGUGACCAGAGUCUAAACAGUUUGCCUAGUGUCCAGAAUACCGGGCUUGGAUCAGAACGAUCAGUCGCCAGCUGGGCAGUGUCAUUUGAAAGGCUUCUUCAAGAUCCAUUUGGAGUUGAAUAUUUUACGGAAUUUCUAAAGAAAGAAUACAGCGCUGAGAAUAUACAUUUCUGGAAAUCGUGUGAAAAGUACCAGAGCAUUCCAGCAGAUGAUACUGAGCAGCUUAUGCAGGAGUCCCGUCAGAUAUAUAAUGAAUAUCUGUCAAGUACCUCGUUGUGUCCAGUUAAUGUGGAUCAGCAGGCUCUUAUCACAGAGGAGAUGCUGGAGAAACCUACCCCCAAUCUCUUCAAGAUCCAGCAGCUGCAGAUCUUCAAUUUGAUGAAAUUUGACAGCUAUGCCCGCUUUGUUAAGUCCCCUUUGUAUCAAGAAUGCAUGAUGUCAGAGGUGGAAGGACGCCCUUUGCCAAACCUAAGUUUCUCACCAACCAGUCUAAGCUCUGGCUGCACUGCUAUCACCUCGGGGGCAGUAAAGAAAAAGAAACUUAAACUCGGGAAGUCCUUACCGCUUGGUGUUGAAACAUCUGGAUUAGACAAUAUACAAGAUGGUUCCAGAGCAAACAGUAGGUCGUUCAAGAGAAAAGAUGGAAGAGGAAAUGGUAGAGAUGUCUUCGACAGCAAUGGCCUCUCAUCACGACAUGAGUCUGAAGGGUCUCUGAACUCCGCAACCAGCCUGGAUCUAAGCAUCAUGUCCUCCUUCUCUGGAAAAUCUGAGCAAGACAGUUGCAGCCUGGGCAGUACAGAACGCGAUGCGGACAACAAACCUAUCAAAUACUGCUGUGUUUACUUCCCAGACGGCACCGCCUCACUGACAGCUGUCAAAGCAGGACUAACCAUACGAGAAAUGCUAACAGGGGUCUGUGAGAAGCGAGGGUAUAAUUCUUCAGAUGUUAAAGUGUAUCUGGCUGGAAAUGAGCAGAAGGCACUGGCCCUGGAUCAGGACUGCAGUGUUCUUUCUGACCAGGAGGUGAAGCUAGAGAACAGGAUCAGUUUUGAAUUACAGAUCGAACCAAUGAAUAAAAGUUUGCGCAUUGUGUCUAAGCCCACAAAGAGCAUUCAUGAGGCUUUACAGUCAGCUUUGAAGAAGUAUGGCCUGGAUAACCAACAUGUUGUCCUGCAGAGGAUGGGAGAGUCACAGGCUUUAGACCAAGAUGCUCCAGUCACCCUUGUGGCGGGACAAUCUCUUGUGUUGCAUGUUCAUACAGAUGUCGCAAGCGCUAGUGGGAUUACAGCAGAACCGCAGACUAAGAAAGAACCAGCAAAGGAAAAACAUGUUGAAAUACGUUUGCCAAGGAUAGACCUUCAUCAUCGGACACAGAAAGAGGCUCAUAAAGACCAUCAUACGUCCCUAGUGCACAGACGUAGUGGCAUAACACCAGACAAGCCAAAGUUUUUUCGGCAUAACCAGGAUAUUGAAGGACUGGUGGAAAUGUUGAAUAGAGUCCAGAAUUCUCGGGCAGAUGACCAGCGUGGGCUGCUUCGUAAAGAGGACCUUGUUCUUCCUGAGUUUCUGAAACUCCCAACAGAUGAGAAAUGUCAUCAUUGUCAGACAACCUGCCAAGAUGCCGCCACUGGGAUGGAGACUUUUCCAUCUUGUCCAGAUAUUUCUACCGAGGAUUGCAGUGAAAAGAACAUUUCCGCAGGCAGCACAUUACCAUCACAAGAAGCAGUGUGCUGCUUACCUUCUCACAUAGAGAACAGCAAUGCCCCCAGUUACAUUUCCAUUGACAGUCAAGACACAGCUGUGACAGUGGCGGACAACAAUAUGACCUCUCUUCAAAUGGGAGAAAUGUGUACAGAGGAGAAGGACGAUCUGCUUUAAUUAUUAACCAUUUGUUCUAUUUAUUAUAUCAAUCCUUUCUGGAUACUGGCUUUCUAGGGGUGUAGCUAUCGGGGGUGCAGAGGUAGCAGUCGUACCAGAAACUUGGAGUCUAAAGGGUCCUAAAUUUCCCUCUACCACAAAAGACAUCAUUAUUGAAUGGCACGUGAAAGGCCCUCUACAUAUUUUGGAUUGGGACCCGAGAGCCACACGUUACACUUCUGGGCCUCCCAAGAUAUGUUUUCUAUGAACAAGGCCAAGCCAACAAAUAAACAGCAGAUCUGCAUUGCCAUCUCUUCUAUUUAUGUGAAUAGUUUAUGCUGUAUUAUUUUAUAUCAUGGCAGCUACUCUUGGGAUUGCUUAACACCUCAUGUCUAAUGUCAAAUCAUGAUUAUGUAAUGUCUUGUGCCAAUGCUGUAAUUGAUAUGAUGGUAUUUGUUUCUGGCUUUGUGACCAUUUUGUAAAUGUAUUUCCAUUCACUCAUUUCUGCAGCUAGAACACAUUUAUUCCUCUAUUACUUUACAGACAGCUUAAGGGUAUGUUCACAUUGAGUAAUUUGUGUAGAAUCUCCACUGAAAUCCUUCAGCGGCAGAAACACAGGGCCCUGCACCAUCACCAUUGAAGACAAUGCAGUGCUAGGGAAAUUUCGCGCAAAGAAUGAAAAAGUUCAUUCUUUGCGUGGAUCAAUUUCAGUGUGAACGGGUCCCCGGAAAUUAUGCUUAAAUUCCUCAGUGUGAACGUAUCCUAAAGGGGUUCCGCCACUAUGACACUAAUCCCCUAUCCUUAUGAGAGGGGAUAAGUUUCUGAUCAUGAGUGGUUGGACUGCUGGGACUGUUAAAAAUAAAAAUAAUACUGCCACGCCAGAACCCUGUGUUAUCACCACGCAGUGAUUGGAUAAUAAUACCAUACUCUUACCAAAUAAAAUAUACAUACCAUUAGUCUUCCCUUAAAGUGUCUAUAUAGUGCUAGUUGUCAAUUGUGUUUAGGCACUCUGCAGACCAUAUAAGCUAUAACAGCACAGUUACAUCCAGUUACUCACAGGUGACAUCUUUGUCGGUCUCUUUUCCUUUUCUUCUCUUUCUAGCCCAGACUUUGAUGAUGACUUUUAGCUGCUACUUCUCUCUGCAGUAUCUGCCACGCAAAAAUCUUAGUUAUCCAACAAUUUCCCCACUGUUUUCACACCCAUAGUCUCCCAAACAGUAAUAAUGCCCCCCUUGGUGCCUCACACAGUAGGAGUAAGUCGGUGUUGGGUGGGCAAGGUAGAUUCCCCACUAGAUAGGUAGGUCCUAGGUCCCCAGAGGAUAGGUAAUUUCCCUCCAUUAGGUAGAUGCCCCCAAUUGGUAGAUAAUUCUCAUCCCCUUAGGUAGACGCCUCCAGUAGGAAGGUAGUUUUCACUGAUUAGGUAGAUGCCUCCAGAAGGUAGGUGAUCCUUCCCCCUUUCCCCAUUAGGUACAUAAUUACCCUCAUGAGGUAAAGGUCCUCAGUAGGGAAAUAAUCCCCCCGCCCCCCACAAUUAUGUGAAUGCCCUAGUAGGUAGAUAAUUCCCCACCCCACACACAACAAACACACAUUAGGUAAAAGUUCAAAGUAGGUACAUCGUUGCAUAGUUUAUAGGGUUAAAAAAAAUACAAGAUCAACCUGAAACCAUGCUGUGUCGAUCCAGAGGAAGACAAAAAAAAAACAAAAAAAACUUUGAGGCUGAUGACAACAAUGGCCCCAUAACAGAGGAAAAAUUCCUUCCCAACUCCUAUAUGACAAUCACAAUAAAUUUCUAGAUCAAAGUUCUAUCUCUAUAAAUCUAGU